ACGGCGUCAAAUCGGGCUAACGGUGCCGCACAAUUGGGUUGAUAGCACAUUUUUUUGUAUUAUACCAAAACUAGUGGUGCAGAAGACGGGCACAGUGCAGAGGGCCACCAGCAAGCUGAAAAAUGUAUAUAUAAAUCGGUAGUAGUUGCUGAAAAAGUGUAUACCGCAGUGUAGGAAGUAUUAAAAAUUCAUGUAAAUUUUGUGUUCAAAUGUGGAAAAUUCCAAAUAUCGCAGUCUAGCAACAAAUCGAAUGCAUUGUGCAACCCACCAAAAAUUAUACAAAAGUUCUCUCAUAGCUAAUUAAAAAAAUAUUAAAUGUGAUUCUUUCCCCUUCACUUACAUAACGCGUAACGCAAACGCCACGUUGAAUGUGCAACACAAUUUGUCGAAAAUGUCAACAACCUCAGCAGCGUUAUGUAAAUAAAUCGCUAUGAGCUAAAAGAAUAAAAAUCAUAUGCCAAGAAAUCAUCAGCGCGGCAGCGACAGCGACACUCAUCAAACCAACCGACUUAAUAACCAAGCAACAACUAAAACAAUCAGCAAAGCGACGUUUGGGUCGACAGCCAAUUGACCGGGCAAUCAAACGACAAACAACAAGCAACAAGCGCAGUGUUAAACACUCUUCUGGGCAACAACGCCUAAAAGUAUACUAUCACAGCCACACAAAAGCCAACCGAGUACACCCACAAGGCACUAGGUGCCACUAAUGCAAAAAUAGCAACAACCGGGGGCGAAUAAAAUUUGAUUGCCUGCUGCCCAACCACGCGACCAAACCGACAACGGAACGCAAUUCGCGCACCGACACAGGCAGAAGGCAGAAGGCAGAAGGCAGCGGCGAAGGCGAAGGCGACAGCAACAACGGGAAAUAAGACACUCUUUAGCCCUCGCGGUGCAGGCGUAGCUGAGGUGAGCCGUGUAGGCGGUUAAUUGGGAAUUUUCUUCUGCUAACGGUUGUUUCGAGAAAGCAGUCAAAAUUCACCGGCUAAGCAAGAGUGAUUGAAAAACGUGACAGAUACAAUAUCAAAGAAAAAAAACAAAAGCAAAAGCAAAUAAUACAUAAAGGAAGCAAACAAAAGAGAAUCUAAAACAAAACAAAAUACAAAAUCACUCUGUAAACGUUGUACUUAGCACCCAAUUGGGCUUAAACUAGGAUCAGUUUUUUGAAACUUCUUAACGAAUUACAUAAAAAACCAAAAAAAAAACAAAAAAAAAGAAAAAAACUAAAAAAAUUUCAAAUUAUUACAGCAGAUUUAUAUAGUUACUUUUUGCGUCGCCUUAUAAAAACUAAUCGCACAUAUUCGUACAUAUAUACACACAUACUCACAUAUAUAUAUAUAUAUAUAUAUAUAUACAAGCUACUGUACUCGUAUAUGUGAAAGCGGAGAGGAGCAGAGCGAAAAAGAAAACACAAAACAAGAGAGUAGACGAAAUUCACGAAAACAAGAAAAACAUAUAGCCGAACAGAACACAUAACCUGAGCAGUGUGAAGCGAGAGAGAAACCGCGGACCGACCGCGGCAGAUUAUGUCACGAGACGAUUACAAUCCUGUAACUAGCUCUGGUGUUCGUAGCCCGGGUCGCUCAAGGCGGCUCACGGAAUUGCCAACUGUAGAUCGGUCGCCAUCACGAGACUACGGUGCACGUGGAAGUCCCCUAGUUUAGAAGUAGUAAACAUUCCUUCCCAAUAGAGGGUGCGACGCGUUGGUUUGCUGCAAGGCGUGUCGCAUACAAGUCGCCAUACACUUAUAUAACUGUUCCUUCGUUGUGUCGUAACAAAUUAAGGCGGCAAACUGGAUUACAACUAUGCAAUGGGCAGUCCAUACUAUAGAGACAUGGAUGAGCCAACAAGUCCAGCCGGUGCGGGUCACCAUCGGAGUCGGAGUGCCAGCAGACCGCCGAUGUCACACGCCAUGGAUUAUCCAAGAACCCGAUACCAGUCGCUGGAUCGCGGUGGCUUGGUUGAUCCACACGAUCGUGAAUUUAUACCCAUACGUGAGCCACGCGAUCGCUCACGCGAUAGGUCUCUCGAGAGAGGAUUGUAUUUGGAGGACGAGUUGUACGGACGUUCGGCGCGACAGAGCCCCAAUCCUAUAGGUUAUCAAACAGGCUUACCAUCAUCGGAUCGAGCGUAUCUGGGCGAUCUACAGCAUCAGAAUACAGAUCUGCAGCGCGAAUUAGGCCAACUUAAGCGAGAGUUAGAACUGACAAACCAAAAGUUGGGCAGUUCGAUGCACAGCAUAAAGACAUUUUGGUCGCCGGAGCUGAAGAAGGAGCGAGCGUUGCGUAAAGAAGAGAGCGCCAAAUACAGUUUGAUUAACGACCAGCUAAAGUUGCUGAGCACGGAGAAUCAAAAACAAGCGAUGUUGGUGCGUCAGCUGGAGGAGGAGUUACGCAUGCGCAUGCGACAGCCUAACAUAGAAAUGCAACAACAAAUGGAGGCUUUGUAUGCGGAAAACGAUCAUUUACAGCGCGAGAUCAGCAUAUUACGUGAGACAAUUAAGGAUCUUGAGUGCCGCGUGGAAACACAAAAGCAAACGCUCAUUGCACGCGAUGAAAGUAUCAAGAAAUUAUUGGAAAUGUUGCAAACCAAGGGAAUGGGCAAGGAGGAGGAGCGACAGAUGUUCCAGCAAAUGCAAGCCAUGGCCCAAAAACAGGUUGAUUUGGAGAAGGAGAUUAAGAAAUUCGCCAAUGAAGAGAAGGGGUUGGACGAAUUCCGUCUUGAAAUACAAAGAAGGGAUCAAGAAAUAUUGGCGAUGGCGGCCAAAAUGAAAACUUUGGAAGAGCAACAUCAGGACUAUCAGCGGCACAUAGCGGUUCUGAAGGAGUCGCUAUGUGCCAAGGAGGAGCACUACAAUAUGCUGCAAACUGAUGUUGAGGAGUUGCGCGCCCGCCUGGAGGAGAAAAACCGCUUGAUCGAGAAGAAGACACAAGGCACGCUGCAAACGGUGCAGGAACGGAAUCGUCUGACUAGUGAACUCACCGAAUUGAAGGAUCACAUGGAGAUUAAGGAUCGCAAAAUCAACGUGUUACAGCGAAAGAUUGAGAAUCUCGAGGAUCUGCUCAAGGAGAAGGAUAAUCAGGUGGAUAUGGCGCGGGCACGUCUGUCGGCAAUGCAGGCUCAUCACAGUAGCUCCGAGGGCGCUCUCACAAGUCUCGAAGAGGCCAUUGGUGACAAAGAGAAACAAAUGGCCCAACUGCGAGAACAGCGAGAUCGUGCCGAACAUGAGAAGCAAGAGGAGCGCGAAUUACAUGAGCGUGAAAUUGCCGAUUACAAAAUCAAGUUGCGCGCACUCGAGAGCGAAGUGGAGAAAUUGAAUACACGCCUGGAGCGUGCAGUCACCGAACGUGAGCGCUUGGAAAUCAAACUGGAGGCGUCACAAAGUGAAUUGGGCAAAUCGAAGGCGGAGCUGGAGAAGGCCACCUGCGAGAUGGGACGCAGCAACGCCGACUGGGAGUCCACCAAACAGCGCAUCGCCCGUCUCGAAUUGGAGAACGAACGCUUGAAACACGAUCUGGAACGUUCACAGCUGCAGCUAGAAGAACAGACCACACUACAUAAAUCUGUACAAAAAUUAAUGCUCGAGUCGGGACGCUUAUCGACAACAUUUGGCCGCACAACAAUGACGACUUCGCAAGAGCUGGACCGGGCACAAGAGCGCGCCGACAAGGCGGCCGCGGAACUGAGGCGAACACAGGCUGAGCUCCGCGUCACACAGUCGGAUGCGGAGCGUGCUCGUGAAGAGGCAACUGCGUUGCAGGAGAAGCUCGAGAAGAGUCAGGGUGAAGUAUAUCGCCUUAAAGCGAAGCUCGAGAAUGCACAAGGUGAACAGGAGAGUUUGCGCCAGGAGCUGGAGAAGGUGCAGGGAGGUGUGUCACGCAUACAUGCUGAUCGGGAUCGGGCCUUCUCGGAAGUGGAGAAGAUGAAGGAAGAGAUGGAGCGAACCCAAGCCACGCUGGGCAAGGCACAACUGCAGCAAGAGAAACUGCAGAACUCAUUGGAUAAAGCCCAAAACGAGGUCGACCACUUGCAGGAGAAACUCGAUAAAUCGGUGGCUGAAAACCGACGCUUGGUGCUCGAGAAGGAGAAGCUCACCUAUGACUAUGACAACCUACAGUCGCAGCUGGACAAAGCGCUGGGACAGGCGGCGCGCAUGCAAAAGGAACGCGAAACUCUCACGCUCGACACGGACCGCAUACGCGAGAAAUUAGAGAAGACACAGAUGCAACUAGCACGUAUACAAAAAGAGCGGGAUCAGUUCUCCGAUGAGUUGGAAACACUCAAAGAACGCUCCGAGUCAUCGCAAACGUUACUGAUGAAAGCGGCGCGCGAUAAGGAGGCGAUGCAAACCGAUUUGGAAGUGCUCAAGGAGCGUUAUGAAAAGUCGCACGCCAUACAACAAAAAUUACAGAUGGAACGUGACGACGCUGUUACCGAAGUGGAGAUACUUAAAGAGAAACUGGACAAAGCACUUUAUGCUAGUCAGAAACUCAUCGAUGAGAAAGACACCUCCAAUAAAGAGUUCGAGAAGAUGCUUGAGAAGUACGAUCGCGCGCAGAAUGAGAUUUAUCGACUACAGUCGCGUUGUGAUACUGCCGAAGCUGAUCGCGCACGUUUGGAAGUCGAAGCAGAGCGUUCCUCUUUGGCCGCGUCGAAGGCGCGUGAAGACUUGCGCAAAUUGCAAGAGGAGAGCACUCGCUUACAAGAGGCGUGCGAUCGAGCCGCGCUGCAACUGAGCAGAGCCAAGGAGAGCGAAGACAAUGCGCGUGUUGAGCUCGAGCACAAUCGUGAACGUUUCGAUAAAAUACAAACCGAUUUGCGACGAUCGCAAGGUGAAAAAGAGCAUUUGCAGUCGGAGUUGGAGCGCGUCACAUACGAACUGGAGCGCGCACACGCCGCACAAACCAAAGCCAGUGCCAGCGUGGAAGCGGCCAAAGAGGAGGCUGCGCACUAUGCCGUUGAAUUGGAGAAAAUGCGCGAUCGUUACGAGAAGAGCCAAGUGGAGUUACGUAAGCUCCAGGAUACUGAUACAUUUGGACGUGAGACCCGUCGCCUUAAGGAAGAAAAUGAGCGUCUCCGUGAAAAAUUGGACAAAACCCUUAUGGAACUCGAAACGAUUCGUGGCAAAUCACAAUAUGAAUCCGAAUCGUUUGAAAAAUACAAAGACAAAUAUGAAAAGAUUGAGAAUGAAAUACAAAACAUGGAAUCUAAACUGCAUGAGACCACCCUGCAACUGGAAUUGUCCAAGGGCGAGGUUGCUAAGCUACUUGCCAACCAAGAGAAACAACGUAGCGAAUUGGAGCGGGCGCAUAUUGAGCGCGAGAAGGCACGUGACAAGCACGAGAAACUGCUGAAGGAGGUGGAGCGAUUGCGUCUGCAGCAACAGUCGGCCAUCAGCCCUGGCGAGUCGGUGCGCGCAUCGAUGUCGGCGGGCGAGCGCCAAGAAAUCGAUCGAUUACGCGAUCGCCUCGAGAAGGCGCUACAGUCGCGCGAUGCCACCGAACUCGAAGCGGGCCGCCUCGCCAAGGAGUUGGAGAAAGCGCAGAUGCAUUUAGCCAAACAGCAGGAAGCGAACGAAUCGACGCGCAUCGAAUUCGAACGCAUGUCUGCCGAACUCGGCCGCCUGCACGAUCGACUCGAGAAGGCAGAGGCCGAGAAGGAGUCACUACGCCAAUCGGCACGCAAUGGCGCAGACAAACCGCAUCCACAACUCGAAAAGCACAUGCAGAAAUUGGAAGCCGAUUGCAAGCAAUUGGCCAUCGAACGCGAGCAAUUGGUACUGCAACUCGAAAAGAGCCAGGAGAUAUUGAUGAAUUUCCAAAAGGAGUUGCAAAAUGCCGAAACCGAAUUGCAAAAGGCGCGUGAAGAGAACCGCAAAUUACGCAACGGUCAUCCGGCAUCACCCGCGGCGCCUGCUGAACUGCAAGCCAUGCAACAAGAAAUCCAGAUGCUGCAACAGAAGUUACAAGAAUCCGAAAAAGCCCUACAGGCCGCCAGUGCCGUAGCGGGAGCGAGCGGCGCCAAUCGGGAAGAGGUCGAACAGUGGCGCAAGGUGCUUGAAGUUGAGAAGAGUCGCGCCGAAAUGGCCGACAAAGCCGCACAAGAAAUGCAUAAACGCAUACAAUUGAUGGAUCAGCACAUUAAGGAGCAACAUCAACAAAUGCAAAAGAUGCAACAACAGAUAGCACAACAGCAACAACAACAACAGCAGCAGCAGCAACAAGUGUCCGGUAAUGCUCAAGAAGUCACGAAAGAGAUGGAGAAGGUGAAAGGGGAGCUGCAGGCCGCCUGCACAGAGCGUGAUCGUUUCCAGCAGCAGCUUGAGUUGCUGGUGCAAGAACUUGAAAAAAGCCAGCUUUCAAACCAGGAGCAGUCGAAGCAAUUGCAGACCUCCCAACAACAAGUGCAACAACUGCAGCAACAGGUGCAAAUGUUGCAGCAGCAAUUACAACAACUGCAGCAGGCGGGCACUUCCGGCGCAGCCGCCACCGAUGUGCAGCGCCAACAAUUGGAGCAACAACAGAAACAAUUGGAAGAGGUGCGCAAACAGAUCGACAACCAAGCCAAGGCCACGGAAAGCGAGCGCAAGAUCAUCGAGGAGCAACGCAAACAGAUCGAAGCCAAACGCAAGGAUAUCGAGGAGAAAGAGAAGAAAAUGGCCGAUUUCGAUGUUCAGUUGCGCAAACGAAAGGAGCAAAUGGACCAGUUGGAGAAAUCUCUGCAGACGCAGGGUGGCGGUGCUGCGGCAGCCGGGGAGCUUAACAAGAAGCUCAUGGACACACAGCGACAGCUUGAAGGCUGCGUUAAGGAACUGCAAAACACCAAGGAGGAGCACAAAAAGGCAACCACCGAAUGCGAACGGUUACUGCAACUGGUGCAAAUGUCGCAAGAGGAACAGAACGCCAAGGAGAAAACUAUUAUGGACUUACAACAAGCCUUAAAGAUCGCUCAAGCAAAAGUGAAACAAGCACAAACGCAGCAGCAGCAAGAUGCUGGACCAGCUGGAUUCUUGAAGAGCUUUUUCUAAAGAGUAUUACUUGAAAACGUGAAAACAAACAAACAUAUACGAGAAGCAACAAAACUUUUCAUUAUUACACUGUACAUUUAACUACCAGUAACCUCAGUAUUGAUUUCAUUAUAAUAAUGAACAAUGGAAAAGAAGUAUUGGAAAUCUUUUUUACUCAACUUUUUGCUGAACGCUGUCUUUUUCUAAUUAUUGUUUUCUUGUGACAAAACCAAAAAAAUAUACGCAGAUUAAUGUUAAAUAUUGUGAACUAAGUACUACUGUAUUCAUUACUCUUCAUACUAACCACAAUCGGCUGCUUAUUCACGACCUACACGGCAAGUAGGCAGACACAGCCGUCACACACACCCACACAUACAUACCGAAAGGAGCAAACACUCGACCAAACAGUUGGAGAGUCCAGCGCUACAGAAGCUUUGUGGGAGGCGCUGAGUGUAAAACUGCUGUAGUUGUAUGUGUGUAAAAGAUGGUGGGAUACAUAUGUAUGUGAGCGGAUAUUGCAUGCCAAGCGAAGAGGGCAAUUUACAAACUUGAAAGCAAAACAAAUGUAAUAAAAUUAGUUCCAGACGAACUCGUUUAUUCGGCGAGUGCAGAGAGAGUUUUUUGGUGAGCACACAAAUGUAGCAGAUUUAUAGAGAAUGAAAAAUGCACGACAUGCAUGCAUAUGAAGGUGUGUUUCUAGCUUAAAUACAAAUGUCGGCGAAAGAGUAUUGGAAAAUAUAAAUGUAGCAAAAUAGACGUGACCGUUAGCAAAUAAAACUAUAUAUAAAUUAGAAAAAAUAAAUAAAAAAAUUACAACAAAUGAAAUACAACUAAAAGCACUACAUAUAUGCAGAGUUAUAGUUAGUUUAUUAAAGAAAAGUGAAAUAAACAAUAUAAUGUUAAAAUUAAUUAUGUAAAUAUUAGAACAAAUUGUAGCAAGAAAACAAAAACAACAAAACAAAAAAGCAACAAACAAAAACUUUUAUUUUAAAUAACCUAAUGAAAUAUACAAAUAUAAAAAAUUUACAAAGACAUAAAUUGAAACAAUACCAUAGUGUAUUAGUGGACCAAGGGCCAUGCCACAAACUUCGUUAAACAAAUAAAUCAUACAUACAUAUUUGCAUAUUAAAUAUAAUAUAAUUACAUUUAGCAAUAUACAUUUAUAUAUACAUACAUAUAAUAUGGUUAUAUACAUACAUUAUAAAAAUCAACAAAAAAAAAACCAAAACAAAAAAUACAAAAUAUAGCUAUAAAGUGAAAACUAUUCAUACUCGUAAAUAAUAUACAUACAUAUAAAUAUACCGCAAGAAUAUAAAUAGUUUGUUCAGCAAUAUUAAUUAAAAGUACCUUUAAACAAAUUUAAUACCGAUUUACUUCAUUGGAGGCACUCUUACAACAAUACUAGAACAACAACAACAAAAAUACGCUGUACUAAAUACAAUAUGAAUCCCAGCAAAGAACCAUCCGAUAGUUAUUGUAAUCGUAAAAACCCAACUAACUAACUGUACUUUUCAACUACGUUCACACACAGCGCAGCGUGUUCCAUAUUUGCAUAUGUACAUACAUACUUAUGUAAUCCCAUAUGAGGAGACAACGCCACGCCUACUCACACACCUACGUACAAUAUUAGUUAUAUAUAUAUAUAUAUGUGUAUGUAUAAUUAACUAACUAAAUACUUGCCUCUUUUCAAUGCAUUCAAAUAUCAUAUUCGGCUACCGAUACAUACAUACAUGCAUACAUAAAUGCGUUUAUACGAUUAUAUAUUAUCAUAAUAGAAGUAAUUAACCGUUAAAUAGCUGCAUAUGUGUAUAACACUAGUUGCAAGUCCAAAACGAACCAGUUUGUCAAGCGUCUCUCUAUUUCACAUUUACAGCCACUUCGGCAUGGUUAAUCAACUAAAUUUAGCUUUCCAAAUUAAACUAAACGUUUAUCGACGGUCUACUAAGCCCAUAGACGUCAUUAGACCCCUUAAAUUUCUAACUGUUUCAUUUGUUUUCUUCACAUACAUACAUAUUGUGUAAAUUUCUGGCUACUCUCUUGCUAAAUAAGUAACAAUAUUAUGCAAAUAAUCUCAAGCUCAGCCAUAAUGUGUAUAUAUAUGUAAAUAUUAUAGUGUUGAAUAAUAAUAUACAUACAUACAUACAUGCAUAUAGUGUAAAAUCCUUCAUUGCCCACUGUCAUUAAUACAAACGUACAGUUUCAAAUGAUGAGAUAAACGUGUUACAAAAGCAAAAUAACAACAACAAUAAAAAUAAAAAAUAAUAUUAAUAGUAAGAAAAACAAUAAUAAUUAUUAUUAUAUAAUCAGGAGUGCGAUAUUGGUGUAUAAUAAAAGGAACGUUUGGAACGUUGUGGAACACAUAAACAAGAACACUACACAAAAACUUUGAUUAUUUAUUUUAACUAGAUUAUUGCCAACUAAGAAAAAACAAUAACAAUAACGGAUCAAAUGUAAUAUAAAGUUCCGAAUAGUAUAUAAUACGACGCUCUCGAAUAACGUUCUACAGGCAAUGUUUGUUCACUCUCUCGGCAGUGCAUUAAAGUAAGUUAAGAGAUCGAACCUAACAGAGAUCUCGCUUGAACAUAGAAACACCCAUAUAAUUGAUCGUAAGGCCAGCACAAAUAGACGAAACGCUUUGAGCCGAACACUAGUUUGUUGCGACGGCUAAUGUCAGAUUCGGCAAAAUCGCCUAGUUCGCCGAAGAAAGGCUGUCGAGAUGUUUCAGCCUUACUUUAACAAAGGCUGAACAAUAGUGUAGAAAAAGCCUGGAUAUUUCCAACUCAUCUCCCCCCAUACAACUUUGAAACCCCUUUGAAUGCCCAUUCAACAAAGUCCAGUAAGAUCUCAUACGCUUGCCGCCUGAUUUUUACAGUUGAAAUAGAGUAAAUAAAACUAAGCGGCAGUUCGCCUGCUCAAUUAAAAGUUUGGUUAUAAGCAAACUGCAGGAACUUACUGAAAAAUAAUGCACGAUUCGCUCUUAAAUAUCAAAAUGGCAAAACCAAAAGUUGUCCCAUAUAAAAUUUUAAAGUUCAAAAUAGCUAGGGUCAAGCUUAACAUAGAAAUCCGUUUGCAAUCCAAAGCGAGAGAGAGAUAGAAAAAUUAUAAAUGUUCAGUGAAUAUUUUUAAAUAAAUGUUAAGCUUUAUCCUUCGUUAUUUCGCAACACAAAUGUCUGUGAUCAGCUGUUUCUUGUUUGUUCGAAUUGAAUUUACACUUUACUCUCCCAUUUUAUCCGCCUUUGCACGGGUUUUCUGCACUCUAAUGUCAUUCCAGAGAAUUUAUGACAGUUUUCAAAAUUGUUGCCGCACAAAUUAUAUCUCAAACGAGUGCACUUCUGACUUAAAUAGCAGGGAUUACUAUUAUUUUUCCUUUUAAUGGCAUGGAUUGCUAUUUGAUUAGGAUUCGAUAUUUUUUAAUUAGAAUCGGUUGCUGAUUGAGGUAGCAACAAAUGAUGUCUUUUUAUACAAUAUUUCAAUACUCACCUUUUUCAGUUUGUGCUGGGUUCGCAAUGUUGCCAAUUUUCUUAAGUUUUCUGAUUAAUGGUUUCUAGAAUAAUUCAUGAUAUGAUUUAUUUCUUGAGAGUUGGACUACGAGUUUCAAAGCUGUCUCAUCUGUUGCAAAAAUAAAGACAAUAGGAAGAUAGAUAAUGUAUGAGAGAGGUAAAAAUAGCUUCACUUUUGAAGGAAUUGAAAUCAUUUCCAGUAUAACCAGAGCAAAGUUGAAUAUAGACAUUGGAAACUUCAUUUUAGGAUGGCGUGCGUCGCCACCACUAUAACAGUUGGAUAUUAUUUCGAUUCAUAAAUGAAAAUAAAUAAAGAUGAAGAUUUAAAAAGAUCGGGAAAACAAUUCUUAGUUAUUAUAAUUUGAAAUGUUUAGCUGAACUACCAUAUGUCAAGUGAAGUCAAGGCACCAUUGAGCGAAAAAGUAAAUAAAUUCAAAUAAAAAUGUAUUCGCCGAAAAAAAAAUUUGUUUAAUUAAUUAUUAUCUGAUUAAAAGAUCUUACUAACUGCUCGUAAACGGUAUAAAUCAGCAACGGCACAUCUUAACAGUUGUUAACAGUUGAACAGUCUACAUCUGAAGCUCAAAACCUCAUUAGAAAUUAAAUGUGUACAGCUCACAUCCUUCUGUAAAACAAUCUUAAGCCUGGAACUUAUCGAGAGUGGCGUUUUAAUAGCUUAAAGAACGAAUGAAGAAAGCCUCGUGGAAUAUUUUAUUUUCUCCGUUAGGUACAUACUUCUAUGUAGGCAUACAUUACUUUGUUGAUAAUCUAACUGUAUUCAUGGAUUCACAUAGAGUUUGUUAAUUUGCUUUGCAUAAUUAAUGCCGCCAGAGUAUUUCGUUUAACAAAAUGCAAAUGCUUAUAUGUAUGUAAGUGUUGAGAGGAAAAUUUAAAAUCUAAGAUAUCACUGCCAUGUUGCAAAUAACUUAAUAAUAAUCAACAAUGUAUAUACAAAUAAACUAAUUUCGUCUGUCAUGUACUUGUAGUGAAUAAAAGCCUAAUUUAAUGAGCGCACUUGAUUACAUUUUUCAUUUCUCACAUAACGAUUGAUUUCCUCACACGCUCAUUUUUCAUUUGCUAUCAAGUAUGCGUACUCCAAGAGUGCAAACUUCCGUUACAUAUCCUGCCUAGCAUGUACAAGUACAUAUGCACAUAUGUAUGUAGAGUAGGAGGCGGCGAGUCGAAGCUUAAUUUAUUGUGCAAUAAAAUGCAGCUUGAACGUGUCAUAUCAAUUUUAUUUUAAAUAGCAAAGAGCGGAACGGCGUAGAUAUGCUCAUGCCGCGUAGUCGGGCGUGGCAACCUAUGAAAGCGGAAGCAGGAGGCGAAGUAAUGAAUGUCACACAACUGUUUAUAGGAAGCAUAUGAAAAAUUUUCAUAUAUACAUAGACUUGUGUGUGUGUGUGCAAUAGUAUUGAUAGUGGCACUCACCAUAGACUGCACCCACAAAUGGUAAAACGUAUUAGAAUGUUUGUAUGUACACAUAAGAAACGAAAAAGGAGCCAGCAAUGUUUGAGCAUUUAUUGAACAAAGCAUUUCAGUCAAGCGCAAAUACUAUUCUUAACCCCAACUAUCCACAUAUAGUACAUAUGUAUACGAAGUAUACAACAACACCGCACACACCAACACACCCAAGCACGCCGGAAGUAAGACAUUUAGCGAGCAUUCGGUGAGAAAGCCGCAAUGAUUAGAGGACUUGAAGUAAUUAGCAAAAUUAUAAUUAAUUGUACUUGUAGGUAUGUAACUUGUAGCAUCAUAGCAUAAAUACUUUGGCGCACGCACAGCAUACACAUACACACAUACAUACAUAUGUAGUAGCGCGUUGAGUAGAAAUCAGUUAGACUGUAACUUGUCUGAAAGGCCUUACAAACUUCAUUGCUUAGCGACUUGCAUACUAAACCAAGACACAAAUAUACAUAUUUAGAGACAUAUUUAAAGCAAAAAGUACUUACGUUGAACACAGUGGCAAGUAAACAAUGUAGUGAGGCAUGUAGCAGGCGUUUGGUGUGACACAUAUUAGCUGAACUGCGACUUUUGUAGUAAGGGAGAGACUUUAGUAUGCGACGUAGUUAGCCCGAGUGACACAAUACACGACGACAAACACGAGUUAUGCCUUAUUCUACUAAACUGAACAAACAUAUCCGAGAUACGAUAAUUUCACAUAUUCAUGCACACACAAGCGGCGGCAGGAAAACAUUCCAUGCUGUUUAGACGGCGUUCAGACAAGCACACUUUUUGUUGCUUAUAGUCGGUGAAUUUUUUUUCAGUGUCGCUCAUUGCGUUCAGAUGGGCGACCUGACAUGAGUGCGAAAACUUGAGUCGAAGUUGUAUUCUAGAACUAAAUAUUUCAGGAUUAUCGUGAAUUAUGUUAACUCAAAAAUAACAUAUUUUUUCAGAAAGUAUAAAUUCAGGUAUAACCUGAUAAUUUCCCGAAAAAAAUUUCAUCCAAUAUUACUCUUCACCGUAAAUCAAUUUCUCACUGAAAUAUCAGGAGAGAAUUGUUUCAUUUACAGUUCAUAAUAAGCAACUGCUUGAUUUGCUUGGAAAUAAUAAUAAUUUUGUUGAAUAAACAUUAGCUUUCCCUUUGGUCCACGCUUGAUCCCAGUUUCUAAGCAAUAAUUUAUAAUAAAACACCUUUUCCAAAAGUGUGGUACUCCGGCGGGCAAUGACAAUCUGCCGUGCGUUAUUUCCGCACAAAAAAAAAAGUUCUUAUAAAAACCCAUUCAUCAUUCGAAGUCAGCAUUUUAACAUUUUGUGAAUGCUCAAGCUUAAAAUAUGGCACGAAGCUUGAUGUUUUAUCAAACCUUUCAAAGCUGAAAACCCUUAUUAUAAGGAAACAUAUUUCUACAGCCCCAACUGUGUCGGGCUACAAAACUCUAAAAAAUGUUUGUGUCGAAACAAACUUUGACAUUAAGAAAGAUUAAAUCAGCUAUAGAGAAAAGUUUUUGGCUCAAGAAUUGAAUAUAUGUAGAUUGUGGAAAGAAAUUUAAAUUCACAAUUAGACUCACUUUUAAAUUUUGAAUAUUUUGUUUUAUUAUUUUUUCGCAACAACAAUUUAGUUUUUCUUAGUCACUGCUUUCAUUUAUUUUAAAUAAACACAUUUUUUACUUAAAAAAACGCUAUAAAUUUUCCAUUGCGCCUAAAAAUAUGUUAAACAAACUUAUAAUGUUAAUGAAUCGAGUUAGAGAGGUUAAAAAAUCAGUUCCACAUUUAACAUUUCACAUUUACAUUUAAUUUAUUUUCUAGAUGCAUCAUAAAAUAUCAGUUAUUCUCUUGCUGCUCUUCACAGCUUAACAUACUUAAGUGGGAGCGCAACUGUAACUUGUAACCUGUAACUGUAAAGUGCAUAUGUAGAUAUUUCCAUGUAGAACAACAACAAAAUUAACUAUAAAAUCCUUUCACAUAAACCAUAAAAGUUAUUGAGCUUUCAGAUUUCUCUCUGCAGAAUGUAUGCAUGUGCAUGAAUAGGAGAUCAUAGAUACAAUACAUAUACACAUUGUUAGCUAAGAAUGUGAACGUGUGUACUAAGCUAAGGGAAGCAAUCUUUGGCGAAGACAAUAUACAUUUACAAAAGAUACAAUCCAACAAACAUACUCAUGUUCAAAAGCAAAAAUUAUCACUUUACUAGCUCUGCUGAUCCUAUGUCAAACACACACACACCAAUACAUACACAGACAUUUACACGUUAAGAGAGUAAAACUCUCUUAACGGCAAAAACUCUACAUAUCCGUAGCUAAAUGUAACUCAAAGUAACAGUAAAUCGAAAUUGUAUUGAGAUCAAUAUAAUUAAAACCCGAGCAAUGAUUUGACGAUUUCAGAGAAGGCGGCUGAUAAGUUCCUGCUCACAAAAAUAUAUUCUACAUAAUUAUGACAAAGGUAUCGUAAAACUUUGAGAAAACUCAAAUCGAAUGUAGAUAAACAUUAAAGAAAAUCGAGCAUUUGUCAAAUCAAUGGACUUCAAUCAUUCCUAUCAUCUUCAGCAUUAGACUACGUUUAGACGAGGACUCUUUUUUCCUACAAUAUCGGCGAAUUCUAUUUUGGUAUCGCUCAUUGCGACAAAUUUCUGCAUUUUCUUUCAUAUACAUAUCAUUCUCAAACCCUGAACAAAAAAUGAUUUGCUAAUUCUCAUGCUAAUUCACCUUUUUUUAUAUCAUUUUCUUUAAAAUCGCUAAUAAUACGCAUAUUUCCGAGCAUGGCUACAAGCACUUGCAUUAUUUUCGUCUUUCCUUUUCAUCUCUCACCUACAAACAAACGGUUUGGACGGCAAAAGUGUCCUCAUGUGAACACAGUCUUAGACGGUUUAAUGUCCAUCGUUGAAGAAAAAGUCCCCAUGCAAAACUGCCAAGUGUUUUCAAUUAGAGAAGAAGAAGCUGUUUAGAGAGAGAAAAGUUUUCAGAACUAACUUGUAUUCUCAUUUUCCUACUACAAGUCACAUGGAAAAUGCGUCUUUAACUAUUUGAGGAUGAUAGCAUUGAUCGAGUACAAGAUAAAUUCAGCAGAGACAGAAAUAUAUUUGUAAAAUAGAAUAUUUCAUAAUAUGGCUUCUUUAAUAAUUUUCAAAUAUUUGAAUCCGAAAUUUUAAGACCCGAUGGCACUGAUCACCGCUGGCAACUAAGGACUUUUAGAAAAAACUUUUGUAAGCGCGAAGGUGUUUAAGAGAGUUGAGAUCAAGUGAGUAAAUUUUAGGCGGUUAAAUAUUUUGCGAUCUCAAUCAGUUCUUCCAAAGGAUAGGAAGAAGCUUUUUAAUAGAGCACCAACAUUCGCCAUGAAAAUAUUAGCUAAAAUAAAAUAAGAUCUUGGUACGAAAUUCUUUAAAUUUUCGAAUUUCCUGAAAGAAUCAGCGUUUUCCCUUGAAAAUAGCUUAAUAAUAAUAAUUAGAUAUUUUCCGUCAAUAUACAUAAGAAGUUCAAAUAAUUUUGCAAAAAUCGGUUGAAUUGGGUAACCGAAACUUAUCAGCCGCACAUAGAUAUAGCCUAGAUAAUGUUGAAGAGCUAGAAGUUGUCUUUUUGGACUAAUGAUUCAAAUGGUUGCACUUAAUCGAAUCCCCGCCGUCGUGUAUCACUUAAUAUACAUACAUAUAAUAAGCCAAGAAGUUAUGUAAUAGCAGGGUCCUCGUUUGCGUUUCUCAAAAUCCCCUGAAGGCAAAUCAAUUUUUUAUAAUAUCUGUGUACUUACUUAACCUAACAUAUGUAUUUAGACCCAUUUAGCCGCAUUGAAAAACUGAGAAAUAACGUAGUUUGUGGAAUUAAUUUUGUAUAAUGGAAAUCAUAAAUUUUUAUUAAGAAUUGAUAUGUCUACUUAACAUAAAAGUUACGUAACCUCAAAAAUGUGAAACAAUUAAAUAUGAAGCUUAGAGUAAAUAAUCUGCAUCAAGCAUAUUUUUAUGUACAGUUGUUGUUUUUUUCCAAACAUAUUUAUUAAAUUGAACAGCAAUUGCAACAAAAACAAUAACAAAACCAAAAAAGCGAUUUUUAGCAAAAUUGUGAAAUUCGAAAAAAAUCGAAAAUUGCGAAAACGAGUCUUUAAAUUUAAAUUAAAAUUUAUUCAAAUAGUUACAGUUAUUGCAGACAAAUUAUAUUCUAGUAUAAACAUAUUCACGCAGACUUAAAUACAAAGCCAAUUAGCAUUAAAUUUGCGGUUGAGUUUCAUUGAUGCGUUUUUGAGCAAACUAACUGAUUUUUUACCUCAUUCAAAGUGGCUAUCAGAUAGUGAAAACAAUUAAAUUAUAUAAAAUAAAUUAAAAAUGCAAACACAAACAAAAACAAACAAAAAGAGAUAACUAUGUUACACAAAUUAUAGAAGCAAUUCGUAUGCAUAAAAUUAGUCGAAUAAAAUUAACGAUUGUGUGGCGACCGAAGUGGACCGAAGUGGUGCGUGGUGGCGAAUUUUUCGUGAUGUACUCACUUGUACAUACAUAACAGAAAUCGAAACUAAAACAAUAGCAACAAAAACAUAGUAAGUUAAUGAGCAAAUAUAUAUGAAUACUUGCGACACUCACACACACACGCAUACAUGCAUACAAGAUGCGAAUGCAAUAACCACGCAUAAAUAAGUAUACACAUACACACACACAUACAAAGAAAACAAACAUUUAUGGUAUAACUAGCGAAUACAAACAAAUUAAAAUAACAAUGAAAACAAAAACAAAACUUAAAUAUUAAUAUUGAUACAAACAUGAAAUACCAAAAGAGAAUACUCAUGGUCAGCAAACCAUUGCAUAUAUACUAUAUAUGUAUGUAUGUAACAACAAAUUCUGUAAUGAUUCAUACAAAGAACAAUAGCAAAAUGCAAAAUGAGAAAUUAAACAUUAAACAUUAAAUUUAACGGUAACACCCGAGGCGGUUUAAAUUAUGAUACAAAUAAUAUAGCAGCAAAUUUUUCUGUAAACAAUUUUUUAACAAAUUCGGUGAUCUACGAUAUUAAUAAAUACUAUUAUAAAUAUAUAGAAACAUAAAUAAAUAAUAUUUAAUGAAAUAUAUAUACAUACAUAUAUAUAUCUAUAUAUAUAUACAUAAAUUAUUAAUAAAAAUAUAAAUAAAAUAAUGUUUUUUAAGCAAACAAAUAUAAAAAGUAAAUAAAUAAAUUAUUAAAUAAAUACUUAUACAUAUAUAAAUAUAUAUACUAAAUAUAUAUAUAUAUAUAUAUAUACAUAGUUAAGUAAUAAUAAUUAACGUAACAUUAAAAUAUGUAAUAGACAAAGGAGAAAAAAUUACAAAAUUAAACAAAAACACAAAAAACACAACAAAAAGCAAAUGAAUAUAGAAAAAAUCUCAACAGAUAAAAUGAACAAGACAAUUUGAACACCCAAAAACACAAAUGAAAAAACUAAAAGAAAACAAAUCACACACACACACACCCAUACACAACACAGUUGAAAAGGAAAUGAAAGUAUUGUUAUGGCAAACAAGAAAUAACAGUAACUGCAACAGUAACAGCAACCGGCGUAACAGACAGACAUGUACCGACAUGAAAUUGAUUAUAUGGAAGAAUAACGAAAUGAUUAUUUAACAUGUUCAUUAUAUAUAAAUGUCAUUAAAAUGUUCUUCAGAAACUGCCUACAAAUAAAAUAUAUUUAAAAUGAUA